CUCAUGCUUUCCCCGGAUAAGACGGCACAGGGACGCAGAAAGUGUUAAGGUGAAGCGCCCCCUUCGGACACAAUGGCUGGCUGAUGGUCCAGUAGACAGUACACCUUUAAAGAUGGGCAUUAUUCACCUCUUGUCCAGGCUAAAGAAGACUCUCUACAGUAUCUUCAGCCUCUGCAGCUUGGCAUGGAUCACCACAGCUUUAACAUUUGGAUUAAGGUCAUCUACAGAGGAAAAUACACAUAAAAAUUCAGAUGAUGAGGAACUAAGAGAUGAACUGAGAAGGAUACGAGAUAUCAACACUUCUUCCAUUAACAAGCUAUAUAGAUUUGAAGAGAAAAUUGAAAACCUAGAGACUGACUUUUCAGGGGAGAAGGAAUUGUGGAGAACAAAAUUUCAAGAGCUCUUUGUAGACCAACAAAUUCUGAAAGAGCAGCAGCAGCAAUAUGUUCACCUUGAAGAGACAACAUCAGAAAACUUGUGCCCACAAAAUGCUGAUGCUACUGAUGGCUUAGUUGAAUCAAAUGUCGAUGUGAGAGAUGGGAUGCACAGGCGACUUGGGGAGCAAGUGAAAACUGAACAUGGCAAGAGCUGGGCAUACGUGAAUGAGUAUACCAGCCUAGAAGAACCACCCUCUCUCAAGUACUCUUCUUUACCUACAUCAUGUUCCUCUGUCUUCUAUCACGAUGGUACCAACGCCCAGAAGGCUUUUAAAUGUUUCCGUGUAUUUGUCCCUCGUUCACCUCUUGAUCUGAACAUUGGGAGCAGAGUGAAAAUACUUUUACCCUCUGGUAAAGUUGGCACUGGCAUAGUUUAUAAAGUUGGACAUCUGCCUGGAAAAGAUGAACUGCAAGUGGGUGUGGAUUUGGAGUCUCAAGAAUGCUGGCAACAUCUCAGCACGUUUAAAGUACAAUGCAAAUUCCACAGUGAUCCACCCUCGGGCGUGCAAGUGCCUUUCAGUAAAGUACUGAUGGUUUGGGAAUGAACAAAUUCUAUGAUGUUGGCCUUUUUUUGACUGUAUUGUAGUCAGAUCAUCUUCAUAUAGAAGUAAUUUCACUUCUGAAGGCUUAUGUAGACCAUAUCCUCGGCAUAUCAGUGAUUUCUUGGCUUUUUCACUAGGAGUGUC